GCCGCGGAUGACGUCGCAGGCGUGGCCGCUGGCGUACUCCGUGCGUUGACUCUGCUGUGACCCUGUGAGUGGAUUUGGCCCUGUCACUUCUUGUCCCACCUGACAAGUGGGGGUCCGGACUGCUGGUCCUCGGGGUCCCUUCCGGGGCGACAGUGACGGUCGCAGGACAGCUUCCCUGACUCCUUAACACCCAGGCUCUAACCCACCAGAAUCUGCUGGCCCCGGCCACGUACUGAGAGUCUUUGGGAGUAGAACCCGGGCAUCUCUUCUUUCAAAAAACUCUCAGCAGGUCACACACCAGGGCCAGGGCUUGCCUCCACAUGCCACGGGGAUUCCAAGGAGGAAUGGCAGCUGUGGGUAGCCUAGCUGGGAACCUGGCCCAUUGCCUUCGAGUCGAUUCCGACUUGUGGCAGCCUGUAGUAGGCUGCUUUCACGUUCAGCAUCACUGCCUUCUGCACGGUGCUUCCUGCGUAGCCAGCACCUGAGGCUUCUCCCUCCACUGAUGACAGGGAUCCUCCCUCCUGUUUCCCACAGCCUGCUGCGGCAGAGUCUCACGAAGAGAGCCGCCCCUUCGUCCUGCCACCUGCACACAUCCCAUGGGUGGGCUGACUGCCAGAGGGCCUCAUUGACGCGGCUGUACAGGCAGGCCUAUGCACGCCUCUACCCUGUGCUCCUGGUCAAGCAGGAUGGCGCCACCAUCCACAUCCGCUACAGGGAGCCACGGCGACUGCUCGCGAUGCCUAUAGACCUCGACUGCCUGUCUCCUGAAGAGAGAAGGGCUCGCUUCUGGAAACGUGAGGCCAAGUUCAGAGAAAAGAAGGAGGAGCUGGACCUCCAAGACGACUUUGAUGUGGAACGGUACAAACAGUUUUGGACCAAAAAGUGACCACUCCUCGGACUGUUUCAGGAAGGAAGUCGUGCAGAUGGGCCGGGGUGUCUUCUCCCAGUGACGAUGUCUGUUUUCACAAGUAUAAGUUAGAAACCCACUACCACCUCGCUUUGGUGUCUGCUCCUUCUCGUUCUGCUCUUCCAGCAGGCUGAGCCACCCUGCCCUGCAGAGCACCGUGUGAGGCUCCCUGAUGCUGGGAGCCUGCCCCCAGGCUGUGAGCCUGGGGCACUGGGAAAGGCACAUUCCACGGGAGGGGCUCAGCUGCUGUUUGUCGACUCCCACUUGGGUCUGCAGCAUUUUGCAGUUUAAAUUGACAGGGCUUGUCACGGAGUCAGAAACCCUGGUGGCGUAGUGGUUAAGUGCUAUGGCUGCUAACCAAAGGGUCAGCAGUUCAAAUCCGCCAGGCGCUCCUUGGAAACUGGGGGCAGUUCUACUCUAUCCUACAGGAUCACUAUGAGUCGGAAUCGACUCGACAGCACUGGGUUUGGUUUUUUGGUUUGGUCACGGAGUCUGUGACCUGCCUCCUUUCAGUUCCAGGGGUUGGUUUCACACAGACCCCAGCUUCCUCCAAGACCCGAGGAAGCAGUUUCCAGCUGUUCCAGCUGUGGCACUACUCUGCCCAGGCCUGGGGGCUGGUGUCCUGGGCCUGGCUGAGCCCUGGCCCUCAGGCUGCUUGCAGACCUGGAGAGCCUUACAGGCCACUGGCAUGGCUGGGACGUGGAGAUGGCCAUCUGUCAGAGGUUGCCCUGCGGUCUGCUGUGCCUGAAUGUAGCUGCCUUCCCGCGAGGUGGCCACGUGUAGAAGGUGGCUGAGGAGAGUGCCCAGCCAACAAGCUGCUCACUUGCCAUCUGACGAGGCUGCUGCUUUCACCACUCUACCUCUUCCCAACCCUCCUGUUCCUCCAUCGCCUCCAUGAGGAGACACACCAAUAGCCACAGCUUUUGUCCCCAUAAUGGGCCUCUCAGACCCCUCACUGCAGCGAGUCCCCGUCUCAGUGUCGGCAGGGCUCCCUGACCAUCUCCAUCCCUGACCUUUACAGCCAGACUCUACAUGGGCUGUGUCCACUUGCUGUCCUGCUGCUUUCUUCAGACUUUCAGCCCAAUCCCUCUGACACUGCUCUUGCCAGGGUCACAGGCAACCUCCGCAUUGCUCAGCCCAAAGGUCAGUUUGCAGCCCUCAUCUCCACAGGGCAGCCCCUCGGUUAUCUUACCCAGUCUCUGAGCUUCUAAAGCUCUCUGCACUGGCAACUCCCAAAUGUGCACCUGCAGCCUGGGCCCCCGCCUUGCACCCUUCCCCGCUCAGCACCUCUUCGAGGAGGUAGAGGCCACCUCUGGCUCACUGGUCUGCGCUGAGUCCCUUCUCAUCAGGGGCAGCUCAUCCUCACAGCGGCUCAGCCCACUGCAGGGGAACCAUCCUUGGCUGUCAUCCCACAUCUGUCUACCGGCAAACCUAGACCUUCGGCACACCCCACAUCUUGUCCAUUAUCCAUUUUCAAACCCUACAGCUCUGCCUUCAUGAUACGUCCAGUGCCUGCCACAGCCCUACCCCAUAUCCACGCCUACCCCUGGUCUUACCCAGUGUCACCCGAGGCCCACCACGGCCCUGUUCCACAUCCACGCCUGCCCCUGGUCUUCGUACCUGUCAACCGGGGUCCACCACAGCCCGGUUCCACAUCCAUGCCUGCCCCUGGUCUUCCCUGCUGUCACCUGGGGCCCACCACAGCCCUGCUAACAUCCACUCCUGCUGUCUGGUCUUCUGCACUGUCACCCGGGGCCCACCAAGGUGGCCUCCUCCCCAGGCUCCUUGCUUCCAUCCAAUGCCUCCAGCAUGUUCUUCACGCCUGCCAGCAGGAGCCUUUCCCUGUGGGUCACCACGUACUCCUGUUCCCUCUCACUCUGGAGGAAAGCCCUAGUCCCUGCUAUGGCCUUGGGUCCUGCACCAUCACCUUACCACCAAGCAUCCUUGCUGUUUCUCACUGUAGCCUCUGCGUGCAAUCCUCUUCCUGCCUGCUGGCUCCCCGUCCUCCCUUCCAGCUCUCUGCUCAGACUUGGUCCACAGCACUUCUUAUCCCCUGGGUGACAGUAUGUAUUUACACGUGUGGUGUGUCUCCAGCACCUGGCGCAGUGCAUGAGAGGUGCUCCAUAGGCAUUGACUGAAUGAACGAAUGAGUGAAUGAAAGAAAAAGGGGCUGAGGCUGCACAUGUCGAACUGACCUGGGCCCUGAGUGCAAAAACUGGGCUUGUUGGAAUCCGCUGGGUACCUAUUUUUCAUAUAACAUUAUUGAAUAUAAUGCAAGAAAAGAUGUAUUUACAUGUAUAGGAAAUAAGCCAAGUGGACCAAUCCUGCAUGUCAGCUCUCCAGUCGUUCACACAGUGAACAGAGCCAGUGCAUGGCAGCACCUCACACCCCUGUCCUCCUGCCCCUCUGACCCCAGGGUUACCACUGCUGACAUCUGACAGCAUGAGUCAAUUCCAGCGGCUCAGACGAAUAUGACCAGGUCCAACUGUGCUGCAGACAGGCCACUCGAGAGGAAGGGGUGGCAAUAGGUGAGCCGGGAGAGGGACAGUCAGGGCUUCCACACCGGCGGGCAGUGAUGCUGUCUGAACGGGAGCCUUGGAGAGGGGCAUGCCGGUGGUAUUAGAUACAAGGUGUUGAAGGUGGAGAGGCCCCGGGGCAGGUCUGCUGUUGCAGGGACUUGUCUGAUGCCACCAGAGUGGACAGGGCCGCCAGGGACAGUGGCAUAGUGGCAUAUCAGGAGAACAGCUUAGGGGAGAGUUGGCUUUCUCUGGGCCACGCAUGAGGAAACAAAGGCCCAAAGGUGAUCUGGCAGUAGUACAAGGCGGACCAUCAGUAUCUCUAACUCUUACUGUAUUACACAGGGAGACCCCAAAAUUAAAGGGCAAGCAAGGAUGUCUGAGAAGGUGAGGCCAGAGAAGUAGGAAGGGCGGCUUGGAGCAGGGUGAAACAGUCUGGUAGCCUCUCAUAACUGCACAUUCCUUCCCCAGCCUUAUUGUGCCUGUGAUGUCACAAAUUGCACAACUGAGUCCAUCACCCAGUGCCGUCGAGUUGAUUCUGACUCAUAGCGACCCUAUAGGACAGAGUAGAGAACUGCCCCAUUGAGUUCCCAAGGAGCACCUGGCGGAUUUGAACUGCCAACCCUUUGGUUAGCAGCCGUAGCGCUUGACCACUGUGCCACCAUGGUUUUCUGAGCCCAUCAAGCUCCUGAUUAAUUGGUGGCGUAAUGACCGGGACUCACUGGGAAACCCACAAAUGUUUAAUGACUGACAAGGGGCAGGAGUAGGUUGUGCGCAUGUGGAUGGAUGGGCGUGGAUGUCUGCAUGUGUCUAGGUGCACAGUGUACUCUGCACUUACUGAUACCAAGGACGUGCAGCACACAGUUUACAAAUAGCAACGACGCAACGAUACUCGUUACCGUAAAUUCCGUACAACUACCUGAUUCUCAGAAUACUUUUGUUGGUUGUCACCAAACUCUUGUAUACACAGCCAACCUAUGGUUUUAAUUCACCACAAUUUGGCAAAUAAAGUAGCGUCCUAAUCCCCUAAAUGUGUUAUCAUUGAAUCUCAUAUGUCACCUACCGUUAAACUAUGGUGAUCAAUGAGAUGUUUUACACAGAAAUAUUUUUAAAUGAUUGUUUUCAUUCUGCUGUUGACAGUUGCAACUAAUGAUUUUACAGUUCCAAAUGAAGAUUUUUAGGAAUAUUUUCCAACAGCUUUGUAGUUACUUCAGAUUUUCUUCUCAGCAUUGCCCCAUCAGAACAAAAUACAAUGAGGUUUGUUUUUGAAUAUUCAUUAUUAAAGCCACAGUAAUUGAUGGUAAACCAUAGUGUACUGAAACCAUAAUCCACUGUGGUGGAUACCAGCUCUUUUAAAGCAACAAAUAAGCUGACUGGCGGAGGCAGGCACUGGCCGAACUGGGCACUGGAGUGUAGUCACGAAAUGCCUGGUGGUUCAAGUACCACGUCUGCCGUUCCCUUCUAUGAUACCUUUAAUUAUCUUCAUCUUAAUUCUUGUGAUUUGUCCUGUUACUCUUGCUCUACUGAACAGCUGACCUUUCCAGUUCUCUUGAAAUCUUAUUGCCCCUCAAUGCCAGGUAAAGCCUAUUAUGUUUUACUAAACCAUGAACCGUAUUAAAAACUUCUAUGGUAGCAUCAGUAUUUUAUUUAGUUUAUACGCUGAACUGGGAAUUGAACCAUUUAUUUUACAAAUCUUGAACUUUAGCAUGGGUUUUAGAAACAAAAUAUUCCUUACCUCUUUGUUCGCAGAGAACCUGCCUAGUGCCUACUGCCAUUUGGAGUUACCAGGUAAAUGCCACACGCUUUUCCCUGUCACUCUUAAAUGCUGAAUGGUUGCACAAUUCUUACAGCCUAAUUUACCUUCUUGGAUUUCAAGCCGCUGAUAUAUUUCUGUAAACAUAAAUGCUUGCUUUUUAUUCCAUCUAUCUGGACGUCCAAGAUUAUUUCUUCCUUUGAAUAGCACGAUGAUUUUUCUCCAGAGAUGGGCUGUCCACCAGAUUAGAUGUGGCAGUCUGCUUCUGUAACGAAUACACCCUUGGAAACCCUAUGGGAUAGUCCUGCUCUGUCCUACAGGGUCACUAUGAGUUAGAAUCGACUAAGCGGCAGUGUUUUUUUCUUAUUACUUUCUGUCACUGUUUUCACCUUUUUCACGUUAAAAAAACUUAUAUCGCUGUCAUUUUGGCAUCUUAGGGAUCAGAUUCUGAAAUACAAUUUUUGUGUUAUUAGCUGGCGGUCAAGCCUCCCGGCCACCCCAUGCUACAGAGCAGAACUGCUUCACAGGAUUUUCUUGGCUGUAAUCUUCACGCAGCCGUGGUGACACAACAGUUAAGCGCUCGGCUGCUAACGGAAAGGCUAGCGGUUCUAACCCCCGCAGCGGGGAGAAAGACCCCAGCGCCGUGC